AUGCACCUUCGCAGAAUCGUACAGGGCAGCAUGCAACAUUGCCUCGAUGCUCGCGAACCUACAGCUUACCUGACUUUGCUGCGCACCCUCUUCCGGUCGAUUGGUGGCGGGGCGCAUGACAAGCUAUAUCGGGAAUUCUUCCCUCUUUUGCCAGAGUUGCUGGCUAGGCUAAACCAGUUGCUCCGAUCUCCCCACCGUGCUCAAGCUCGUGAUCUGCUAGGUGAACUUUGUGUCAUUGUGCCUGUCCGCCUGUCCACGCUGCUGCCGUAUCUCGCUUUGUUAAUGGAGCCACUUAUCUCUGUGCUUAAUUGCAACACAGUCAAUCAGGUACUUCAGGCCACAACCUUUUUAAAUUAA